AUGCGCCGCCGGGCCACGCGGGAGCAUCCACGGCAUGAACCAGGCCCGCGCGCGCACCCACUGCUGCGCCCUGUCGCCGGCCGCGGGAGCGUUAAAGGCAGGAGCAAGGGCAAAUGCGCGGCCGCGGCGCUGCUGGCGGCGUGCACCGGUGCGUCCCGGGCGGGGUGCCGGAAGCACAUGGCGAAGAUCACGGAAUACGGCACCGUCGGGGACGGGAAGACGCUCAACACGACGGCGUUCACCAAGGCGGUGGCGGAUCUGUUGGCGCGCGCGCGGCGUGGCGGCGCUGCGCUGGUGGUGUCCCCGGGGAAAUGGCUCACUGGGCCCUUCAACCUCACCAGCCACUUCACCCUCUACCUCGACGAGGGCGCCGAGAUCCUCGCGUCCCAGAUUCCAUGCUCCUACCGUGGGUACCGCCGUGCUUUAGCCGAGGAACCGCCCGUUUUCUUAAUACGGACCGCUGGUAGAAAAAGGUCGAGCUGUUUUGGUAUUGAUCAUCUAUUUUCGUGGCCUGACAAUUUUGACUCGGUGAAACUGAAAGAAAGAUCUAAACUAUGGAUCAUCUCCAAUGUCACCUUCGUCGACUCGCCGUCAUGGAACCUCCACCCUACCUACUGCACCAAUGUGACCAUCAGUGGCGUCACCAUUCUCGCGCCGGUGCAUUCACCAAACACCGAUGGCAUUGACCCUGAUUCUUCCUCGCAUGUGAAGAUCGAGGACUGCUACAUCGUCUCCGGCGACGACUGCAUCGCCGUAAAGAGCGGCUGGGACCAGUACGGCAUCAAGUUCAACAUGCCGAGCCAGCACAUCGUGAUCAAGAGGCUCACCUGCAUCUCCCCCACGAGCGCCAUGAUCGCGCUGGGCAGCGAGAUGUCCGGCGGUAUCCGCGACGUGCGCGCCGAGGACAGCGUCGCCAUCAACACGGAGUCCGCCGUCAGGGUCAAGUCCGGCGUGGGGAGGGGCGGCUUCGUCAAGGACAUCUUCGUGCGCGGCCUCAGCCUCCACACCAUGAAGUGGGUGUUCUGGAUGACCGGCAACUACGGCCAGCACCCGGACAACUCGUCCGACCCCGACGCGAUGCCCGAGGUCACCGGCAUCAACUACAGCGACGUGUUCUCUGAGAACGUGACCAUGGCCGGCAGGAUGGAGGGCAUCCCCAACGACCCCUACACCGGCAUCUGCAUACCCAACGCCCCGGACGCCAAGGAGCUGCAAUGGAACUGCACCAACGUCAAGGGGGUCACCUCCGCCGUGACGCCCAAGCCGUGCCCGGAGCUUGGGGCGGAGGGCAAGCCGUGCGCCUUCCCGGAGGAAGAGCUCAUCAUCGGCCCGCACAAAUUGCCCCAGUGUACCUACUAUUGGUAGUUUGCCGAAUGAGGUCAUAUAGAAGCUCAGCGAUAGUCUAGACAACAAGUGUGAGAAAUGCAGCUGAAAUAAUAUAGUUCUAUCAAAAUAAUAUCCAUUUACACAUUGUUUCCAUUUCGUAUGCCAGUGACUCGAAAUCAUGGCAUCAGAAAUUUCUGAAAUCAUGCCAAGAAAGCUUUUGCAUUCCGAAUUCUGACCUUUCUUAAGUACAACAGUUACAGAAUUGAGAGACAACAACAUCAGAUUUCUAAACCAAACCCUGCAAAAAAA